AUUGUUUCGUAAGAACUGUUCUAUGGAGUGACCGUGGGAAAAAUGAUAGCAAGAUCUCUGACAAUUGUUUCUUUUUCCCACAGCCCCAAGAGGGCCAGGGUUUGCAACAAUAAGCCGCCCGUUGAUGCCCAAGCUCUGAAAAAGAAGGUCAGCAAGGUGACCUGUGAUCCAGCUGUCCACGCCAUCCUCAGCAGCCUGCUGCUCUACAUCACCAACCAUACAGACGGGCCCCCGGGACUGUCGCCCACUAACAGGGCAGAGGGUAGGGACAGCCCGGUGAGCCGAAAGCCUGAGCCCCAGGAUGCCAACCGGAGGCCCACACGUUUCCAGCUCCUGCAGGCCAAGUUCAUGGGCACCGGCCGGGAGCCCUACCUCAAGAAGACCCGGGAGGUGGGAAGGCUGAUCUUCAAGGACAAGCAAGGCCCAGGCAAGAGCUUGGUAACUGCCACCAUCAACAAGCUCCUGGAGAAGACCAGGGAAGGGGCCAGCGGCCCGGCACGGGGCCAGGAGCCCCCCUGUGGUGACAAACCCCGGUGGGGCCUGCCCACUGGAAAAAACACCGUGAAGAAUAUUCUGAAGAAGUUCUUGGCCGCCGAGGAGAAGGAGGCUGAGGAGAAGAGGCUUCGUGAGAAGCCUCCUGCCGAGCGACCCAAAACUGCCAGGGGCCUUCUGCCAAAGAUCGUGGGCAAGAAGAGUUCGGUCCUGUCCAAACUGCGGGAGAAGUUUGAACAGAGCGGCUGUCUUUGCUCCGAGGCCAGCGUGCUCCUGGUCCACACAGAAGAGCGGAAGAAGAAGAACCUGCAGAGGAAGAAGAUGCACCGGCCUGAGGCCCGGGUGCUCUGCACGGCCACCCAGGCCAGCACCUGCAUCAGGAUGCCCCCAGCCCGCUUUCUGGCCUGCUCCGCGGAGCCCAUGCUGCCUUUCAGCAUCGCCACCAUCGUCUGUGGCCCCAGGAGCUGGCUGUCCCACUGCGCCAAAAUCAGACACUCGGACCUGAGGCGCAUGCCCCCGAAAGAAACAGGCAGGCCCCCCAAUGCAGGGGAGAUGGUGCCUGGUGGGAACAAAACACCAGGAAAGGAGCUGCUUCAGGGGGGGCCUGCACAGCCCCUGAUACUGCAGGCCGUGACUCCCAGCCUGAAAGCAGUGUUCCCCCACGCGGGGCAGAUGGUGCCUGGUGGGAACAAAACACCAGGAAAGGAGCUGCUUCAGGGGGGGCCUGUGCAGCCCCUGGUACUACAGGCCGUGCCUCCCAGCCUGAAAACAGUGUCCCCCCGUGCGGGGCCUGAGUGCGUCCCCGAGCCAGCCAUCUUGCCUGCCUCCCAAAGGGGUGACACCCUUCCUGGCCUGGAACCCAAGUUAUCCUCACUCGGCCCAGCCAACCCAGGGCACCCUGGGAUAUCAGGAGGUGACAAGGUGGGGGACUCCCCAGCAGGGAGCACCACAGGUGAUCCCCAGGGGGCAGAGGAGGCAAGAGCAGGGCCCCAUCCUGCACCCACAGGUGAGGGAACAGAGAGGGCCCCUCAAGUAGACCUGAUGGUUUGCAGUUCAGAGGACGAAAUGGAAAGAGUGAUUUCAGACUCAGAGCAAGACCCUCUCUUUGCUGUCCAGGAGAAUUUCCCGGAACAGAAAGUUCCAGAACACAUCCCACCGCUCAGCAUGCCUGUAGCCCAGGCUGCCCGGCGCACACAGUUGGCCUUCGAGCCUCCACAGGUAACCGUCAAACUCCCAGCUGUCCACCAAAUGCCACUCCUUCCUGUCACGCUGCAAAAAGCAUCAGGUAGUGAAGGCCCACGAUCUUGCGUGCUGGGAGGAGAGAGUGUGUUUGAAAGCGCAGAAGUGCUCUUUCCCACUACGACAGAGACUAAAAACACCAACACGCCCACGACGGGAGUCAGCACUUCUGCAGGGGUGUGCGGGGGACUCAGCACCCCUCCUCAGCCGGACUCCCAGGCAGACCUAAGUCUCACGCCUCCAGGGGGUGCUGCCAACGUUGGUCGUGACAUCCCAGAGGCAGCCCCGAUGCUGAGACCACAGGCCAGCCCCCCUGGAGGAAAGGAAGACCGAGGCAGCUUUGGGAAUUCAAACAAACUCAAGAAUCACGAGAACAUUUCAGGAAAGGAUGUUCCUGAGCUCAGUUAUGAGAAGCAUCACCUGCCAGAAGCAGAGGAAAUGCCCAUCUGGGAUGAGGGCACCCCAUCCCAUCAUCCCACGGUUUCAGAAAAUCGCCUUAGAGGAAACAGCCGCUCCACUGCCCCUGGCAGUCACCAAGGGCCACCUCCCAAAGAGGGAGACUCAACAGACAUCCCAACACUGCUGGCGGCACCGACCAAGGACUGGACAAAGUUUGAGCAUGUGACCGCAGCGGAUAAGACCGUCCUGCAUGAGCAAGAACAAUGUGGGCGGCCACCGCUAACUGAGUCCGCCCAGCCCCUACUGGUGGCUGAUGGAAGCUCUAGCCAUGAUCUUCGGGAGAACAGACCGGCCUCCUUAAAUGAAGGCCCCAAACCAAGAAUCAAAGCCACUGGGAGAGGGAUGGCUACAGAGGUCACUAAGAGUCACACAGCACCAGCACCAGAUGGGCUCCUGAAGCACCCCAGCAGCAGAGCCACAGAGGGCCACGUCUGCAAAGACUUAGGGCAGCACCUGCCUGUGACCUCAGAGUCACUGACCACUCUCCUACAGGAGGCCGCUGGCCCCCCACUCAUACCUGAUGAACCUGGUGUGGGGCUUUCGCAUAAACUGGCAGCAAGCAAGGGGAACGCCGCGGGAGUGGCUCCUUCAGACCCAGAGAAAAUCAAGCUUGAGGACAAGCCGGGGCCACAGGCAGGCCUGAGGGGUGCAGAGGAGGGGGUCUCAGGCACUGUGGGGCCGAAGGGUCCUGGACAGAAGGAAGCACCUUCUUCAAGCCAGAAGACCUCACUGUGUGGCUCUGAAGGGGCUCAGACACAGCCCAGGGAUGACACCAUGGGGAGUACCACUGUGACCAUGACCACCGAAGUGGAGGCCCCCUGCCGACACACUGAGAAAGGUCCAGAAUACCCCCCAGGGCAGCGGGUGUGGACUGCAGGGGAGCCCUCGGAGCAACCCCAUGUCAGCCACACUGAAGACAGCCAAGCACCUUCCCACCCAGAGAGGCUGGGGUGCCUGGCAGGAGCCCAGGCCAAAAGGAUGGCACCCCACACCUUGGUGAAGCCUGCAGGCACCUCCCCAGCAGCGGCAAGUGGGCAGUCUCAGGGGCCAGCCCCCAGGGGGGUCCAGGCAGCACCUGAAGCGCCACCAAAGGAGGGAGCCCACCAUCGUGAGGCGGCCGAGAGCCAGACACCCUCCCGCCCUGACCCAGGACAAGGUUCUGCAGCGCCCACACCGGAGCCUGGGUGCUGCCAGGCCCCCAGUGCCUCCGCCCAGACGGGGCCCGCAGACACCUCUGGGGCAGGAAAAGGCACACUGGGCCUCGAACAUCAGAGAAGGUCAGCACACCUUGCAAAGUACAAAGCCCAAAGCUUCAAAGACCAGAAGUCCUUUGAUUUGUCCUUUAGAACAAAAAUUGUCAGGACAAACGAUGCAGAUAAGCUUCCAAAGUGAAGCCCCGCAGCUUCCAAACCACCGGCACGUCUGACCCCUCAGUCUCCGCUCCUCACUCAGGUUGUGGACUGGUUUCCCACCUCCCCAGGCGCACUGCUUCGACCGG